GCACUUCCGGCGCGGCCCCCGGCCGGAGCCGCCGGAACGUCGGGAGCCGCGGCGCCCCCAUGGACCCGUUCCUGGUGCUGCUGCACUCGGUGUCGGCCGCGCUGGCCAGCGAGGAGCUGACGCAGCUCAAGUUCCUGUGCCGCGACCGCGUGGGCAAGCGCAAGCUGGAGCGCGUGCAGAGCGGCCUGGACCUGUUCGCGGUGCUGCUGGAGCAGAGCGAGCUGGACGGCCGCCGCCCCGCGCUCCUGCGCCAGCUGCUCCGCUCCCUGCGCCGCGACGACCUGCUGCUCCGCCUGGACGCCUUCGAGCGCGAGCGCGCCGACGCGGGGCCCGGGGACGCAGAGCUGCGGGCCGCCUGCGACCUGGUCUGCGAGCACGUGGGCCGCGAGUGGCGGCGCCUGGCGCGGCAGCUGCACCUGCCCGAGACCCGCAUCGAGGCGGCCGAGGAGAAGCACCCGCGGGAGCUGCGCGAGCAGGUGCGGGAGGCGCUGCGGGCCUGGAGGGACGCCCGCGGGGAGGCCGCGUCGGUGGACGAGCUGCUGGCCGCGCUGCGGGGCUGCGGCCUCAACCUGGUGGCCGACCUGGUGGAGGAGGCAAGGCCCGGCCCGCCCGGCGCCCCGGAGACCCCGUGAGGGACCGACGUCGAGGGACGGAAGCGGAGGGACAGAUGUCCCGCGGGCCGGCCUGGCGGGUCAUGGCGGCUCGUCAUCACCUGCCCCGGGCACCUCCCACCUGGACGCCCGGUGCCCGCGGAGCCAGAGCUGGGCAGAGGCCGCCCCUGGACGCAGCGGCUGCGGGAGGAGCCCGGACCUCGGGCGGGAGGGGACGCACCGCCCUGCGCCAGCCCAGCUGGAGGACCCGGUCCGAGCCCCUGUGGGCCUGGGCCUAAGAGAGCCCCCCCCACACACACUGCCCGGGCUCGGGCCCUGGCGCCACCUGCCGGGCCCUGCGGCGCCGGUGGACGUCUGGAUGUCUGUCGGUGGGAGAGGCACCGCGGCUCAGCAAAAAUAAAGCCCAUGGACGCUG